AUGUCUCAAAAAUUAAGAAAAUGCGUGCUGGAUAGUGGACAUUGUUUUAUAGGAUUUUCGACGGUGACCGUAUCGGAUCGUAUCAAAUCGCGUAAGAACUGAUGGUUUGUCGUUGCCUGCAAAUACAAAUUAAAUUACUCUAUAAAUCCUCCCUACCAACUUUCCUCUUGAUAAAGUGGCGUUUGGCCCAUCACUCAUCAGCAUUAUCAGCCUUAUAAAAUAUUGUUUUGUUUUGUCUUUUAACAAACAAAACGUGUUUAUACUAGUAUACAGUAACCGUAGUGAAUGAAAAUCGUUUCGAGUGUUUGAAAUUCCCGGAAAUUGUUACCAUUCGUCCUUGUACACGUUAUUCGUGUUUUAGUCUGUUAGACUCUCUUUUUUGACCAGCGGCGGUAGUAUUGGCAUGAUGAUGAGUACGACGGCUGCGGUGGCGGCGGUGGCGAUGGUGACAGGUACACCAACGAAUACGUGGUCAGAGAUCGAGUAUAUCAGCGAUCAGGUUCGACGAGCGCUCGAGUGUCCGGUCUGCCUGAUGCUUGCGCCGAACAUGACGAGUAUCUGCCCGAACAGGCACACAGUUUGCCCUAGUUGCGAAUUCGAGCUAUGGAACCGAACCGUCGUUCGCCCGUGCUGUCCCUUGUGCCGAUCGCCGUUGGUUGCUUACUGCGACGUGCCGUGCGUGAUGGCCGUCAAAGUGGCCGAGGUCACGGUGUCAGUGAGGCUGGCGUGCACGUACCGGAAAUUCGGCUGUAACGAGUUGUACUUUGUCCGCGACAUAAUCGAACACGAACGGGUGUGCGAGUACAAGCCGAAUACCCGGUGUCUGGAGCCCACGUGCCGUUGGUUGGGCACAUACGGUCAGUUACACGAACACGUGGGUAGAGUGCACCCCCACACCUAUAUUGAAACAACGGUAAUAUCGUAAAAUAACGUGGAGACGCUAACUUUUAAUGCCUAUUAUUGCCACUUCAGACUUUUUCUUACCGACACAUAUUAAUAUUAAUUAAUAAUUAUAUUAUCAACAAACAACCCCGUAUAACAUUAAACAUUCACGUUUAGAGGAACUUUUUAUGCGUGGACAACAUAAACCAGAUCGCACCGGAUAAGCGGUUGAUGUACCUGGUCCGGUCACCGACUGGUAUGUUUUGGGUGAUGCUGUCCCGAAUGUCUCGAUCCCGGAUCCGAACCGGCGUGUUUAUGGUGGAAGGAACGGCGGACACGGAAAAAAAAUUUGGUUACCGGGUCACGUGGUUACAAGACUGGGCCCGUAUCAGAAAUAAAAGGGUGGGCCUGAGCACGUCGCUAAGCGCGAACCUACGCGGCGAUUUCGAUAACGCGGCCGACACGUUUACCGUGAUCCGGUCCAAGUCGGGACGCGUAGAGUUCAAUUGGUAUCCCAUCGCGAUAGGCCGAUGA